AUUCCCAAUCAAAUGCCCUUUCCAAAUCAAGGACAAACACAAGGUGGUUUUACACUCCCUCCUACUACUCAACCGAGUUUUGCUUCAACUUUUCCACAAAACUUCAAUCCUAUCGAUUAUCAACUCUCUCUAUCCAUGCAGUCUGCUCCCCUUCAUAACCUCAUUCCCCAAAAGCUUAAAGAUAAAAUUUGGGCUGACGAAUAUAUUGCCCUUUCAUCCCUUGUCAAAGGCCCUGAAGAAGACAAAAACAAUGAUUAUGUCCUCUGUGAAAUGAAAUCUGAUGGUUCUUUUGAAUCAAAACAUUUGAAUUUAAACCCUUCAAAGAAAGGAAAAAUCCUUUCAUUUCCAGAAUGGAUCCGAGCAUUCAGUAUAUUUAUUGCUGUCUAUACCCAAAGAUUUCCUGAUCAAACCCCACACCUCUUGAAAUAUAUGGUUUCUGUUACGGAACUUUUUCAAAGACAUCAAGGUUGGAGGGUGUAUGACGAAAAAUUUAGAGAUGAAAGGGCAAAGACAAAAUUUCCGUGGGGAAUGCUACAUUUUGAAUACUGGUUAAAAGCCAAAGAACUUAAUGCAAAUGCUUCAACUCUUUGGAUCUCUAAACAUGAGCAAAACAUGUUUGGUUUUACUGACAACAAGAUGUAUUAUCCCCCCAAAAAUUCACAAAAAACCACCCAGUCCAAAUCUGAGAUUCCAUUAGGGUAUUGUUUUCCCUUCCAUCAAGGACUCACUUGUGACAAAUCCCCUUGUCCCUUUAACCACACCUGCCCAACCUGCAAUCGUUCCAAACACUCCAUGUCAAAAUGUUACUCCCGCAACAACAACAGGCAAGCCCAAUUCCCCAACAAAAAGCGUUCAAGUACUGGAGACUCCAAAAAACCCUUCGAGUGA